CUGCUCUUGCAAUCGAAGGCACGCAUCUCGGUCUAUAACCAUUCUUAGGUUUCGUUUGAAAUUACUGUAUUUCUAAUUUCUCGAUCUUAUUGGUCGUUGUUGUUGUUGGUUUUUGGUCUUCAAGCGAUGAACCCUAAUCCGACUAAGGGAAUUGACUCAAAAGAAUUCGCACCUCCAAAUCCCAAGAGAAGAGACAACAAAAGUAUCCUCACCCACAAUGAGGAUGAUGAGGAGGAGGACAAAUAUGACGAGGAGUUUGUCUUUGAGACUACAGGCGGUGAUGAUUACAAGGGCUUGGAAUCUAUAGUGAAUGAGUCGACUCCUAAUGGUUCAGAAGCUGAUAAGAGAAUUCAUUCGCUUAAAAAGCUACAAAAUUUACAUUACGAACAUGCAAAGAGUAACCCAAAUUUUCACGGGAAGAUGAGGAUCAAAGCUGUCAUAGCUAGGGAUGCCGUAGUAGUAAUGUCAGUCAUGACUUUCAUCAGCUGAUCAUUGAAAAAUUUCAGCUCGUCAUAAUUUCUAAAUGUCUGAGUUUCUGGUUUGUACAAAAGUGGUGCUAUCUUUUGAUCAUGGCAUAUUUGCACCACAUGUAUUUUAUGUUUGAUGGCAGUUGGUUUUACACAUACAUUUGAAUAUGUAUGUGGGCUAUUUAGCUAUGUAUUAAUUUUUUUAAAAAAUGGGUUGGUCAAUGGAAGUUCC